AAGAGCACUUUCUUUCCGCGACCGCCGCUCGCUCCAAACAAGACUUCGACGACAACGCUACUUCGGCAUCGACAACCGCCUCCGAUUCCAACGAUGAGCACCAGAAGCACUUCUUCUUCCUAUCGCCGCAUGUUCGGCGGCGGCCGGCCAAGCAGCACCCGCUCUAUAACUUCCAGCAGCCGCUAUUCGUUAGGUAGCUCCAUCCGACCGAGCUCCGUCCGCCUGGUCUCCUCUCCAGGCGGCAUCUAUGCAUCCAAAGCCGUGCGGGUUCGAAGCAGCCUUCCGCCGUUGCGCCUCGGCGGCGAUGCCCUGAUCGACUUCUCUCUUGCCGACGCCAUUAACACCGAGUUCAAGGCAAACCGCACCAACGAGAAAGCUGAGCUGCAGGAGCUCAAUGACCGCUUUGUCAACUACAUCGACAAGGUGCGCUUCCUCGAGCAGCAGAACAAGAUCCUGAUGGCCGAGCUCGAGCAGCUGAAGGGCAAAGGCACCUCCCGCCUGGGCGACAUCUACGAGGAGGAGAUGCGCGAGCUGCGCCGGCAAGUGGACCAGCUCACCAACGAGAAGGCGCGCGUGGAAGUGGAGCGCGACAACCUGGGCGAUGACAUCCAGCGGCUGCGUGAGAAACUUCAGGAUGAGAUGCUUCAGAGAGAAGAUGCUGAGAAUACCCUACAAUCUUUCAGGCAGGAUGUUGACAAUGCCUCCUUGGCCCGUCUGGAUCUGGAACGUAAAGUUGAAACCCUGCAAGAAGAAAUUGUUUUCUUGAAGAAACUUCAUGAGGAGGAAAUCCGUGAGCUGCAAGCCCAAAUCCAGGAUCAGCAUAUCCAGAUUGAUAUGGAUGUUGCCAAGCCUGAUCUCACUGCUGCCCUGCGUGAUGUACGUCAGCAGUAUGAAUCUGUGGCUACAAAGAACCUUCAGGAAGCUGAGGACUGGUACAAAUCCAAAUUUGCAGAUCUGUCUGAAGCAGCCAACAGGAACAAUGAUGCCCUGCGCCAGGCUAAGCAAGAAGCCAGUGAAUACCGCAGGCAGAUCCAGGCUCUCACCUGUGAAGUGGAUGCUCUUAAAGGAACCAAUGAGUCUUUGGAACGCCAAAUGCGCGAGAUGGAAGAUGCCUUUGGAGUUGAAGCUGCCAACUACCAAGACAACAUUGCUAGACUUCAGGAGGAAAUCCAUAACAUGAAGGAAGAAAUGGCUCGCCACCUCCGCGAGUACCAAGAGCUGCUCAAUGUUAAGAUGGCUCUUGAUAUUGAAAUUGCUACUUACAGGAAACUGCUGGAGGGAGAGGAGAGCAGAAUUAAUGUGCCAAUCCCAACUUUUGCUUCCCUGAAUCUGAGAGAAACCAAUCUUGAGUCUAUUCCAAUUGAUACCCACUCCAAGAGAACACUGCUAAUCAAGACUGUUGAAACUAGAGAUGGCCAAGUAAUCAAUGAAACUUCUCAUCAUGAUGAGCUGGAAUAGGGAGGAUAACACAUCUGGUGCAGAAACAAAAGGAUCCUUUACCAGCAACACUAAAUGAAAACAGCUUUCAAGUAGUGUGCAAAAUGUUUCAAGUUUGAAAUGUCCCUUUUAGAAUAAGACCACUUUAAUUUUGAUUUUUAAGGAUGCUCAAAACAGCACCUAAACACUGAGUGUAAGAUCAGAGGGAUCGGCUUUUGAGGUUGAGACAGAUCCUAACUUGAGACAGCUUUUCAAAUUUGAAAUAUUUUGCACACUUAACCCUUUCAAGUGCCUUUCCACAUAUUUUUCCCAUGAGCACAGAUGGUUAUGAUAGAAAUAAUAGGUAUUAGAUAAAUGAGAAUUGAUUCUUUCUUGAUGAGUUAAGGGGCUACAAAAAUCAGGAUUUAGUUGACAUAACUAUCAAGGUGCACUACUGUUUAAGUUUCUGUACUCAAUUAAAUUACCUUUUUCAGCAUUGUAUGCACAACUCUUAUUGCUUUAAUAAAGUCACUUUGCAAAUGA